AUGGAGGACAGGUACGCUAAGAUCAAGGCGGUCCUCAUCCGCACUUUCGGACUCUCCUGCCACGAACGAGCCGCGCGGCUGCUGCACAUGGAUGGCCUGGGCGACCGCAAGCCAUCCGAGCUGAUGGACGACACACUGGCGCUCAUGCAUGGGAAGAACAACGUGGUCGCCAACACACUGUCCCGCCCCCACAUCCACUCAGUGACCAUCUCAGCUCCAGGGAUCGACUACACGGCACUGGCGCAGGCGCAACAGACAGACGCCGAGAUCCCGGCCUACCACACCGCCAUUUCAGGACUCCAGUUGGAGGAUGUCCCCGUUGGCCCGACAGCGGGCUGUCCCAGCAAGCAGCAGGUGCUGAGUGCCAUCCGGCAGAUGCAGAAGCUGCUGUCCACACAGGAAGCCCAGUACACCCAGGGGAUUCGCAUGAUGAAGAGGAAACUUAGCCUUCUGCAGAACACAAUAAAUAAACAGGCUUCCAAGCACAAUGAAACAUGUCCCAGGCUCCAUGCCCCGAAUAACGGAAAGAAAUUUGGAAGCAGGUACUUAGUGGGCCACGAGGUGCACUUUGCCUGCGACCCUGGGUUUGUGCUGGUCGGGUCGAGCACCAGGGUGUGCCUCAAGGACAAGAGCUGGAGUGGACAGGUGCCUUUCUGUAAAAAUAUAAAUGAGUGUGCCAGUAAUCCUUGUCUCAAUGGUGGGACGUGCGUGGAUGAUGUAAACCGCUAUGCCUGUCUCUGCCGUGCUGGUUGGGCUGGCUUUGACUGCCGCCUUACCUUAGACUCACAGCGGACAAUGGUGCAGAGCGACCCAUCCUUCAGUCGCCAGCCACGAUGCACAGAUAUCCAAGGCUCACAACAUUGCAUCUGUGAGACAGGCUUCCAGCUGAAUGGGAUGGACCUGAGGCAGUGUCGAGAUGUGGAUGAAUGUGAGCUCUUUCAAACAGGCAGAUUGGCUCGCCUUUGUGUGCACACCUGUGUGAACACUCCAGGUUCCUAUAUUUGUGCAUGCCCCUCAGGAUACAGCUUACUGGAGGAUUCUCGGAGCUGUGAAGAUAUUAAUGAGUGUUUGACCAAUCAACAUAACUGUACCAGAGAAGAAAUUUGCAUUAAUAUACAUGGUGGGUUCCAUUGUGUUCGCCCAGAGUGUCCAAAGUCUCGCCACAAUGCGAGCUACGUAAAAACAUCCCAAUUUAAAUGUGAGAGAAACCCGUGUCCGAUGGAGAGCAAGUUGUGUGCAAAUGCUGCGUACUCCAUUACCUUCCAUUACCUCACCCUGACCUCGAACCUGCGAACCCCCAGAGCUCUAUUCCGGAUGACAAGCAGCCGAUUCACAGGUGACACCAUGCGCUUCAGCAUCGUAGGAGGUGUUGGACAGAACCAUUUCUCCAUCCAGCGGUCAGACAGGCAGACAGGGGAGCUGGUGCUGGUACAUCCCAUCCAAGGCCCUGCAACCUUGGAGGUUGAAAUGGAGAUGACGGAACUCCAUGGGAAAACAGUCCUGACCAAGCACAUCUCCAAGGUCAUUAUCUUUGUCUCACAGUACAACUUCUAG